AUGCCAUCUACCAUUGGAGCAUCAGAUUUGGUGGAAAGGAAGGUGACAGUUUCACCCCUUGUUCUUUUGUCUGUUGCAGAUCAUUUCGACAGAGUUGCGAAGGAUUCAACCAAAAGGGUGGUCGGUGUACUCUUAGGUCAUCAAUCUCAGGAUACGAUAAAGGUAACGAACUCAUAUGCUAUUCCUUUCGAAGAGGAUGAAAAGAACUCAUCCGUAUGGUUUUUGGACCACAACUAUAUUGAAUCCAUGGGUGAAAUGUUUAAGAAGAUUAAUGCUAAGGAAAAGCUCGUUGGAUGGUAUCACUCUGGGCCAAAAUUGCGGGCAUCAGACUUAAAAAUAAACGACGUUUUCAAGAGAUAUACGCCAAAUCCUUUACUCGUAAUUGUGGAUGUACAGCCUCGCUCUGUUGGAAUUCCUACAGACGCAUACUAUGCUGUCGACGAUAUCAAACAUGACGGCUCAAAAGCGGAAAGGACUUUUGUCCACAUACCAUCCCUCAUAGAGGCAGAAGAGGCAGAAGAGAUAGGUGUAGAGCAUCUACUUCGUGAUAUUAGGGAUCAAGCAGCGGGAAAUCUUACCUUAAGAGCAACGGAAACAUACAGGUCUUUGCUUGGUUUACACGAGAAAUUGAGAGAGAUAUCCAAUUAUCUUGAAAAGGUUUACAUUGGUGUGAUGCCCAUAAAUCAGUCGAUAUUGGGAAAAUUGCAGAAUGUAUUCAACUUGUUACCUCAUAUAUUGGGCGAUGAAAGCACGAAGUCAGCAGGAGAAACCCAGAAUAGUGCCGAACCCUUGAUGGAUGCAUUCAUGAUAAAAUCGAAUGAUCAAAUGAUGAUGGUGUACGUGAGUACCUUGGUUCGUUCCAUUAUAGCCUUUCAUGACUUGAUUGAGAACAAGUUGGCCAACAAAUCGCGGAAUGAGAGCUGA